GAAAAAGUACCUGUAGGCUCCAUCUAAGUAGUCAGUUUUAAAUUUUGGCAACUUGAGCUGCACAUUAGUGCACAGUAUGGAGACUAUACACCUUAUAUAGUCUCCAUUUUUUCCGUGAUUUGCAGUUUUCUUGCAACGUGUUUCGCUACAAUCAAUUCCAGCGUUGUAUUCUAGUUAUCCACAUGGCAUGAAAAUUCUUUCCGGAAAGUUUUGUUGAAUUUAAGUUGACAAUUGUUAAUUUUUGAUUUUUUUUUUAAAAUAAAAUUGUCCAAAAAGUUAACAUUUGUUUUUGUAAAGCUUGGGUACAUUCAAAAUCUUACCACUGAAAAUUUUGAAAUUUUGAACGCGAAUUCUGAAAAACAAAAUGUUUGCCAACCAUUCACUUACGCUUGAAUGUAUGGAAAUUCCAAAAAUCAGCUCAAAAGAAAUCAAUGUAACCGUUGUCGAAGAAUUAUUGAAUCAACCAGGAAACAAUGUCAACAUGAUAGUUUAUGACCAGGAUCGACCAUUCCCUAGUUAUACAACUCUUUUAUGCACGGCCGUGACGAACAGUGACGAGGAAUUAAUAGACUAUUUGAUUUAUCGACAAGCUAAUCUAGAUCAGGAUUCACUGUAUGGGAAUGAAAAUCCUUUGUAUUUAGCAGCCUUAAAAGGAGACACCAAAUUGUUCAAAAAAUUGUAUCACUUGGGUGCUAAUCUUCAUUCAAAGUCUGAAAUACGUUUGUCACCGUUAAUGAUAGCCGCUCGCUGUGGACACCUCGAAAUCAUAAAGUACCUCAUUGAACAGGGCUUAGAUGUGAAUAUAACCGAACCGGACUGUGGCUCUAGACUAUUGCACCACGCUGUUACUGGUUCGAACACUGAAUUAGUGGAAUUUUUGCUGGGAAAUAACGCGGAAAUUGACGCCAAGAAAAAUCAUGGCGAAACUCCACUCUUGUGUGCUAUCUCCUUCGAAAAUAUCAACAUUGUCAAAUUAUUAAUAGCGAGAGGAGCUGAUAUUAACACCCCUCGGAGCUCUAUUAGAAGAUCUACGGUAAUGCACGACGUUCAUCAUAAAAAAUCGAUUCUUAAAUAUUUACUGAGUUUAGACGAGCCGAUGACUGAUGUUAAUAUUCUCAACCAAGCGAGACAGACAAUUCUUCAUCAUCAAUUGUCAAGCUUCUACCCCUGCGCUGAAACUUGCAGCAUUAUUCUUAAUGCUGGCGUCGACGUUAACGCUCGAGAUUCAAAGGGUCAACUUGCUGUUAAUUGUGAAACGUUUUUUAAACAUCAUAACGAACAUUCCAUCCUUGAACGGCACAUUGUCAAGUUAAUAUCAGCCGGGUUAACAGUUUGUGAGGGAAAUCGACAAGCUGUUAAAAGAGGCUACCAUGAUUUGAGAAAAGUGUGUCUAAAUGAGCUCCAAAAAAUGAAAAUUGAUAAAGUCGGUGUAAGUAAUAUCACAUUUUUUGACGUUUUACAUAUGAGUUUGCAUAAUUUAGCGAUCCGCUUGAAGUUUGCGGGCUUGGAUCAAGUUAUCGAUGAACAAAAAUUAAACAUUGCGUAUCCGUUGUACGGAAGAAUGAUUUUUUAUAAAUUGUCCAAGAUUCGGCGAAGAAUAACAUACUUGGAAGAAAUCGAAGAAUUUGUUGAAGGAAUAUUAUGGGAUUUAGGACUUCCGUCGACUUUUAUCAGAGAAUUAUGGUCCUAUUUUACCAAUAUAGAGUUGAAGAAAUUAAUCUUACAUGAAAACAAUUAUUUUAUUAGGUUUUUGUAAUUUUACGUGUAAGAAUUUUUAAACA